UGGUUUACGUUCUUGUCAUUCUUUCAAUUCUGUUUAGGGCCACAGGAUUGCCAUUCCGAGGAUUAUUGAGAAUCUCUUGGCCAGUGCUUUACACUCUCUCAAUAGCAUACAGGGAAUUCUUUAGCCUCUGUCUCCGGCCUCUUCUCAUAACUAUCAUUUCAAGUUAAGUAUAACCUGCUAGCUCUUGUGUCUGUGUAUUUGUUCCGCUCAGCUGUGGAUCGACAAGCAUUUCUUCUGUCUGUCCUUCUGUCUCUCAUAAACAGCAGCUACAUUUUAUAAAUGGAUUCUCCUCAACAUAUUCCUGGGAUGCCUCCAGCACCUGGUGGUCCACCUGCUUCUAAUGGUGGUUCUACUUCCAGUGAUGGUGGGGAUGGUAUUUCAUCUGACGUUAAUAAUGACGCUGAGGGGGUUUGGUCCCCUGAUAUAGAGCAAGCGUUUCAAGAGGCUCUAGCGAUAUACCCUCCCUGCGGUCGGAGGAAGAUCAUCCUCUCGGACGAGGGAAAGAUGUAUGGUAGGAAUGAGCUAAUAGCAAGAUACAUAAAAUUAAGAACUGGCAAACAAAGAACAAGAAAACAAGUAUCCAGCCACAUUCAAGUGUUGGCCAGGAAGAAAGCAAGAGAAAUACAGGGAAAGAUAAAAGACCAGGCUGCAAAGGACAAGGUUAUGGCUGGCAUAUCAAGCAUGUCUUCAGCUCAGAUAGUCUCAGCAUCAGCUAUUCAUAAUCGAGCAAAUAUGUUUGGAAUGCCAGGAAUUACUGGCAGUGCAGUACCAAUGCAUACAAUGCUAACAUCACCUGGCGGUUUGACAAGUAAUCCAGUUGUACUUGAACAGAAAAUAGUAACACACCCAGCAGCAGCUGGACUGGUGGCAGGUGCUGCAGGUCCAUUCAUUACUGUUAGCUCUCCAGCUGGUAAUAACCCAAUGUCACCAUCCUUUAACACUUCACCUCGUAUUGGUGUACCUGGUUUUGUUGUUACUACCCCUACCGAGCCCCAGCCUCCUGUAGUUAAUCUGCCAUUAAGAAUGAUUGAGUUCUAUGCUUUUGUUGAUCAGUUAAAGACAGAAUCAGAAGCUGGUAAGAAGCAUUUGUUUGUUAAUAUUGAGCCUUCCACUAACUUUAGUGACCCAUCAAUGGAGGCUGUUGAUAUACGGCACAUUGCUGAUAAGUUUCCUGAGAAGAAUGGUGGAUUGAAGGAGCUGUUUGAGAAAGGUCCCCAGGACAGGUUCUUUCUUGUUAAAUUCUGGGCUGACAUCAACACUCCUUUACUUGAUGACUCUAAUGCUUUCUACGGAGUAACUAGCCAGUAUGAAUCUCAGGAGAAUAUGACCAUUUCUUGUUCUACUAAAGUCUGUUCCUUCGGCAAGCAAGUGGUGGAGAAAGUAGAGACGGAAUAUGCUCGUUUUGAUAAUGGAAGGUUUAUUUAUCGAAUAAACCGCUCACCAAUGUGCGAUUAUAUGGUUUCUUUUAUUCAUCGUCUAAAACAUUUACCAGAGAAAUACAUGAUGAAUUCUGUACUGGAGAACUUUACUGUACUUCAGGUUGUGACGAACAGAGAGACGCUGGAAACCCUCUUGUGUUUGGCCUAUGUCUUUGAGAUCUGUACCAGCGAUGAUGGGCCCAAACACAGGGUUUACAGACUAGUUAAAGAAAGCUAAAGAACUUUAACAGUUUAACAUUAUACUUUCAUCAUACCAUUCUUUUUAAUUAUUUUAUUUUAUUAUUUUAUGGUUUUAUAAACCAUUAUCCACACACACACACACACACACACACACACACACACACACACUAAUGUAGUCCUUCUUAUACCAAUUCCUUCUCUCUCUCUCUCUCUCUCCCAAUAAUACAAUAUCAAAUUUCUUUAUUUUAGAAUUUUAUUUUUAUGACGUACACACACACACACACACAAUCACUGACAAUAAAUAACAUCAUUACCCUCCCUCUCUCUCUCCCCCUCAAUAUUCCUUAUCAUUCACAUUCUACCAUUUUUAAAAA